AUGUAUUGCAUGGAAUUUCUUUACAAGAGCAGCCAGAUUCUUUUGAUCAAAAUCAAGGCUCACCAGUGGAGAUUUCCUGAAACAGCAACCAAAGCUGAUGGAACAGAAACAACUUCGGCUGUUGAUCAAAAAUUGUAUUACCACAGGAUAGGCACUGAUCAGAGUGAAGAUAUUGUUAUUCUGGAAUACCCAGAAAAUCCAAACUAUAUGAUGGGAGCAAGUGUUAGUGACUGCGGAAAUUACGUUUUUGCUAACGUUAGGAAGGACACAGAUUAUAACCAGAUGUGGUUUACUGAGAUGGAUGGACCAUAUGUUACAAAUGUCAGGAACAUUGCUCUAUUCCUCACCAAUCUGCAUGCCCCCAAUUUCCAAAUCCUGACAAUCAACCUGGAAAACCCUGAUGAAAGCAACUGGGAUGAAUUCAUCAAGCAUCACCCCAGGGAUUUGCUACAGUGGGCUUCUCCAGUGGCUGGAACAAAACUUAUUGUAUGCUAUUUGAAAGAUGUUACAAGCAGGCUUCAAGUUCAUUCCCUGCAAACUGGGAUGAAACUGCACACCAUUGUUACGGACAUUGGAUCAGUUGCUGGCUUAUUCUCCAGGAAGAAAUUUGACUGCUGCUUCUUCCAUUUUUCUUCAUUUCUGACUCCUGGAAUAAUUUACCACAUUGACUUCUCUCAAGUUGGUGACAGUGCAAAAGUAAUAACCCCACAGGUGCAUAAGGAAAUUGUGGUUCCAGGAUUCAAAAAGGAGGACUUUGUCUCAAACCAGGUAUUUUAUAACAGCUAUGAUGGAACAAGCAUCCCUAUGUUUGUAGUUCAUCCAAAAGACUUGACAUUGGAUGGAAAGGCGCCUGUUUGGCUGUAUGGCUAUGGUGGAUUUUCAAUCAGUCUGCCAGCAAGGUUUUCUAUACUCUGUGUAAUGUUUAUGAAGCAAUUUCAUGGAGUCUAUGCUCAACCAAAUAUUCGUGGAGGAGGUGAAUAUGGAAAGCUUUGGCAUGACAAUGGUCGUGUGCUGAAGAAGCAGAACUCAUUCAAUGAUUUUACUGCAGCUGCUGAGUUUCUUAUUAAAAAGAAGUACACAUGCUCAGAAAAGGUAUGCAUCAAUGGUGGAUCAAAUGGUGGUUUACUAGUGGCAGCUUGCUUGAAUCAGCGCCCAGACUUGUUUGGUGCUGGUGUGGCCAAUGUUGGAGUGUUGGAUAUGCUGCGCUUUCAUAAAUUCACAAUUGGACAUUUUUGGGUUGCUGAUUAUGGGAAUCCAGAGAAAAGUGAAGAGGAAUUCCGGAACCUCUUGAGAUGGUCACCACUCCACAAUGUGGCAUCCAAGCGCCACAAGCUGGGACCAAAGGGGUACCCUGCAACCCUGCUUUUAACUGCAGACCACGAUGACCGAGUGGUGCCUUUGCAUUCCCUGAAAUUGAUUGCUGAACUGCAGCAUGCAUAUGGAAGAGAUCCCAACCAGGUUGUAGUGUUGGAUAUGCUGCGCUUUCAUAAAUUCACAAUUGGACAUUUCUGGGUUGCUGAUUAUGGGAAUCCAGAGAAAAGUGAAGAGGAAUUCCGGAACCUCUUGAGAUGGUCACCACUCCACAAUGUGGCAUCCAAGCGCCACAAGCUCGGACCAAAGGGGUACCCUGCAACCCUGCUUUUAACUGCAGACCACGAUGACAGAGUGGUGCCUUUGCAUUCCCUGAAAUUGAUUGCUGAACUGCAACAUGCAUAUGGAAGAGAUCCCAACCAGUCUUUGGGGCCUGGGAAGAAGCUCAGGUUGUUGUACGCGUUGCUCAGCACAGCAGCGUUGGUGGCGGCUGCGAACGGCGCCGCUCAGCGCCAACCGCACGAAGCCUAUUCGGCGGACCAGCUGCGCCAACAGGCUGAGCUCCAGCAGCGCCAGCAGCAGCACCAGGACGUGUUCUCGGCUGCGGACCGACAGCAGCGACAGCUAGGUGACCGGUCGCCGCAGGGCUUUCUGGGCAGCGGCGCGUUUCCCGGGGCAGGUGUCGCUGCUGGCGCGGGCGGCAUCCCGUUGAGCUCCGCCAUCGACGCCGCUAGUUCUCGUCAACAGCAACAACCAGCACAGCAGAGCGAUCGUCGACAGGCUCUUUACUAUGAUCCGUAUUCCGAAAAAGAAAUCAGAAUUCUGAGAGGAGAAGCCUUUUGCACUCAGGGGAAUCCCCCACCACCGCCGCCGCUGUCGGGGCCAGCAGACGGCGGAUAUCCGGUCUACGACUUUGGGUACUCUGUCUCCGAUCCCAACGCCCAACUCCACCAGACGGCGGUUCUUUGGGCGCUGCCUCUGUCCCAGUGCCCGAGAAUGAUGAGUACGCGCAGUGGAUACUCCGCCUGCGCGACUUACCGAUGGCCCGAGCGCAUCUCUGUCUGCCAGGUGUCGCUGCUAUCCGCCCGGAAAACGACUACACGGCAGGCACCGCGCAGGUCAUCCGCGGCGGGCGCUGCCGCUGCUGCCGCCGCCGCCGCGCAGCCGCCUCUGGCGUCGCCGGUAGUACCGAGAUUCCCGUUGCGUGGCUUGAGGCGACUUAAUCGACACGAUGCUCGCAGAGACGACGCUCAGCUUAGUAGCGACAGGCGCAAUUAUCACCCGCCUCUGGCGUCGCCGGUAGUACCGAGAUUCCCGUUGCGUGGCUUGAGGCGACUUAAUCGACACGAUGCUCGCAGAGACGACGCUCAGCUUAGUAGCGACAGGCGCAAUUAUCACGACUCGGCCGCUUACUUAAGAUACCAGGUGUACAAUAACCCCUACGCAUACCGGCAGGUGGCCUACAACGGCGGCGUCGGGGGUCUGGGCUACUCCUCGGCGCUCCUCGGACGCAACGCGGGUCUCUACGGCGGCGGUCUCGGAGGUCUCGGCGGCGGUCUCUACGGAGGACUCGGCGGAGGCUAUGGACUAGGCGGAGGCUAUGGACUCGGCGGAGGCUACGGACUCGGCGGAGGCUACGGACUCGGCGGAGGAUAUGGACUCGGCGGAGGCUACGGACUCGGUCUCGGCGGAGGCUACGGACUCGGGGGCUCAGCUCUGGGACUCGGCGGCCUUGGAGGACUCGGUGGGCUAGGUGGCGCUGGCUACGGACUCAGCGGACUCGGAGGCUACGGUGCCGGGUUGAGUAAUCCACUCUACGCAGCAUAUGGCAACACUUUGUACUCUAGUCCCUUGUAUGGCGGGCUCGCGGGACUCGGCGGAGUGGGAUACUCCGGCAGAGCGCUGUACAACGGGCUCUACAAACGGCGUUCUCAAAGAGACAAGCAGAAUAAGCGGGAGGGUGAGAGGAGCGCGCGCGGGUCUGCGGGUCUCGGGGAUGAGUAUGACGACUUUUCCGGUGGGCUGGAAGCUGGGUUUCAGGGCUCUGGGUUUCCCGGGUUCGGUCCCAGUGGGCCGUAUCAGCAGCAGCAGCAGUUUAGUCGCGCGGGUCUGCGGGUCUCGGGGAUGAGUAUGACGACUUUUCCGGUGGGCUGGAAGCUGGGUUUCAGGGCUCUGGGUUUCCCGGGUUCGGUCCCAGUGGGCCGUAUCAGCAGCAGCAGCAGUUUAGCCCCGGAUCUGCACCCAGGAUUGAGACCAAUGCCCAUCAAAAUUUCUUCCGAGAGGUACUUGGAAGAACGGGACGACUGA